AGGAGCGGCGCGGACCACGUGCUCCUUUCUCAGCGCCGCCGCCAUCAUGGAGGGACCGCGGACACAGAACGUUAAACUCGCCCGGGUUACCAAAAUUCUUGGAAGGACUGGUUCACAGGGGCAAUGUACUCAGGUCCGUGUGGAAUUUAUGGAUGACAGCAACCGUUCCAUCAUUCGAAACGUGAAAGGGCCAGUCCGUGAGGGAGAUGUACUCACACUUUUGGAAUCUGAGCGUGAAGCAAGAAGAUUGCGAUAGAAGAUCAACAAAGCUGAUGCCAGUUGUGAUAAUUGGUUGCGGACAUUUUCACAUAUUUUGACAAUGGGAUAAUAAACACUUAAAAAAUUUUAA